CUAAUCACCAUUUUUAUGCUCUUAAUUUUCACCGUGUCAACUCCAUAUGUUUCAAACCUCAAUUCCACAUCCACCAUGAAUCAUUCUUCCCAACCCGAAACACCACCACCCUCUGAUUCCAUCACCUCGUCACAACCCGAACCGCCACCACCGUCUGAUUCUCUUCAUCUUCGACUCGGAGCCACCAACCACCAUCGUGUAACAAAAAACGACACCGUUUCGAUCAAUGGUUAAGGGUUUGCACAGCCAAGACCUCCCCGCCGAUGUAGCACAUGUCGUCGAUCAGCUAGAGCGCCACUGCUUGGCUCCCGAUGGAUCUCUCAUCUCCAAGCCUCUCUACAACGAUCUACAACUCGCUAGAGAGGAAAUGUGCAGGGAACGACUUCGAUAUCUCGAAGCCAUGAUUGGAUUUAAACCAUCUGCACUGUCACUUCAAUCUAAACCAAUUGUACACUUACUUUCAUUGAAAUUAUUCUGUUUGGAAGAAGUGUGCGAUGAAGUAUUGAAAUGAGGUCUUGGUACGGUGGGUCAAACUUUCGGUACGGCGGCGAGGGGUAGACCUGCUAGGUUAACACUCCAACCCUCAAGUUAGUUAUUGAGCGAGAGGUAAUAUGAAAUUAGGAAUGAAUUGAAUACCUGAAACGGCGUGCUACGAUCUUUAUAUAGUAUAGGCAUUAGAACCGUCCUCGUGUAAUCCGACGCCUUUUGAGUUUUGCGGAUGACCGUUCGAUUAGAUAUCAACGGUGAGAGAUAUGAUGGAGGGUGUGAUCACUUGUUCUUGGGGGAAGUGAGGGUUCACCUGUUCGGUGUGACUUCCCUUUCGGCGCUUGUUAUUGAGCUUUCUUUGCGGGCCUUGCUGACUGCACAAAACAUUUGAUGCCUGUUACUUAGUGUCUACCACUUAUCUUCCCCUGCAAAUAAUUUUUCUUUUGCCUUUUAUAAUUUGGCUAAUGGUAGGUAUUCCUGGGGUUAAACCAUUGUUGCUUGAAGGGUAUGGUGUUCGCUUGGUCACUUAUGAUCUUCCUGGUUUUGGGGAGAGUGAUCCGCAUCCCAACCGAAAUUUCAAUUCAUCAGCUAUGGAUAUGUUGCAUCUAGUCGAUGCUGUCAAUGUAACUGAUAAGUUCUGGGUGUUGUGUCAUUCAAGUGGAUGCAUUCAUGCUUGGGCUUCGCUGAGAUAUAUUCCCGAGAGAAUUGCAGGUGCUGCAAUGUUAGCCCCUAUGGUUAAUCCAUAUGAGUCACACAUGACUAAAGAUGAGAUGAAAAGAACUUGGGAGAAGUGGCUUCCAAGGAGAAAAUAUAUGUAUUCCUUGGCUUAUAGAUUUCCAAAGCUUCUCUCUUUUUUCUAUCGGAAAAGUUUCUUGCCGGAAAAGCAUGACCGCGUUGACAAGCAAUUUUCACUUUCACUAGGAAAGAAGGAUGAAAUUCUUGUCGACGAACCUGCAUUCCAAGAGUUUUGGCAGAGGGAUUUAGAGGAGUCAGUUCGCCAGGGAAACAUGAAACCAUUUAUAGAGGAAGCUGUACUGCAGGUAUCUAAAUGGGAUUUCGACAUCGAAGAACUUCGUGUGCAUAAGAAGUGUCGAACAGGAAGCUUGCUUCUUUGGUUGAAGUCCAUGUACGGUCAGACAGAAUUUGAACCCGCAGGAUAUCUCGGCCGUAUACACAUAUGGCAGGGAUUGGACGAUAGGGUGGUCCCGCCAUCAAUGAUGGAAUACAUAGAAAGGGUGUUACCAGAAGCUGUAACUCACAAGCUUCCUAAUGAGGGUCACUUCUCCUAUUACUUUUUCUGUGAUGAAUGCCAUGAGAAGAUAUUCUCCACUCUUUUUGGAACUCCUCAAGGUCCGCUUGAACGACAAGAGGAAACUGCAUUUGAGAAAAACAUGGAAGAUGCUUUACAAGUAUCUGAUUCUGAUUUCUGAUAUGGAAUGAUGUGAAACUGAUGGUAUACACGAGUUCGGUUUGGAUGUAAAUAACACAGGCGGCUCCUAUAGGCAACACAGUAAAGCUUCAAAGGAUAGAGUUUUCAGUAUUCAGAAGGAUUCUUAAGUUUUGAGCCACAAAAGCUUUUGGAGAUAUAGGCGAAGCGUUUGCCAUGAUGAUGGCAUCUUUUGUUGCUCUUGUAGAGUCUACCGGAGCUUUCAUUGCCGUAUAUAGGCAUGCAAGUGCAACACCAUUACCGCCUUCUAUUCUUAGUCGAGGUAUCGGUUGGCAGGGAGUUGGCAUUUUGUUAUCAGGAUUGUUUGGAACAAUUACCGGAUCGUCCGUGUCUGUAGAAAAUGCAGGUCUUUUAAUCUCAAAUGACUGAGAUGAUAAUAUCACUAAAUGUCUCUAAAGGUGCAUUCUACUAUGUUGUUUAUCACUAUUAUUACUGGAUUUCAUUCUUGAUAGAGUUUUUCUUUCAUUUUGUGUCUAUAUGAGAUGGUAUUGUAGUUUUCAUUCCAAGCUAGCUUUAUAAAAAGAGCAAUAUAGUAUGAGUGAUGAAAAGUCAUUGAAUAUGUUAGUCUAUUUUUCUUUAUCAAGAAAGACAAAUAUAGGUGUGAGCAAACUUAGGCUGUUUCUGGAAGAAAUACUACAAAAGAGGUUUAUUUGCAAUAGAAUUUAUCAAAACCCAUCAUUUUUUAUAUUUAAAUUCUAAGCUAAAUCUGACAAAUCAGUUACAGCUAAACAAUGAUUUUUAUUAAAAUAGGGUGUAAUUAAGAACGUAUCUACACCCGAUUUUUAUUAAAAUAGAGUGUAAUUAAAAACGUAAUUACGCUCAAUUACACCUGAUUUUUAUUAAAAUAGGGUGUAAUUAAAAACGUAAUUACGCCCAAUUACACCCGAUUUUUGUUAAAAUAGGGUGUAAUUAAAAACGUAAUUAUGCCCAAUUACACCCGAUUUUUGUUAAAAUGGGGAGUAAUUAAGAACGUAUUUACACCUGAUUUACACUCGUUUUAAACGGGUGUAAAUUCGUUAGACAUUUCUCACCCGGUGGAUAUACACCCGAUUUUUAUUAAAAAUAAUGGGUGUAAAUUUAAUAAAAAACGGGUGUAAAUUAACAUUUUUGUACUAGUGUUGUUUGUUAGUGAUCAGAAGAUAGAAAGGCUCACAUUGGUGAUAGUGGUGACCGCAAAAAAGCUUAGACCUUAUCUUCAAGAACAUCAGAUAUUGGUAAAAACAAACUAUCAUACAUGCCAAGUCCUUAAGAAGACAUACCUGGUUGGAAGAAUGAUAUCUUAGACAGUCAAACUGUGUGAAUACAAUGUCCACUAUAUUCCUAAUUAAAGACAUCACAUCGGUCCUGACAAAUUUUCUAGUAGAGUUCAGCACACCCAUCAACAAGAAGAUUUUCCCCCUUUUGGAUCUUAGUGGAGGGAGCCUCUAAUCAAAGGGAGCAACGUCACGAUAGUGCUAGAAAGACCAUAUGACUUAUUGAUCGUGUAGUAAUUAAAGUAUAUUUCUUGUACUUUUGAAUUAAUAUUUUUCCUUUUGAUUAAAAAAAAAAGAGUUAAAAGUUGCUCCAUUUUGCUACCAUAUCUAUUGAUCCCGGAUCCUUUGACUCCUUAACUUUGUUAGAUCGAUAGUUGAGCCAGUUUUUAAACUAUUGGAUGAAAGUUUAAGAUGGUGACCACCAUUUUAAUUAAGGACAAAACAUCGGUAAUAAAUCUUCACACUCAUGUUUGGUCUUCAUAGUUCCAGAUUACUCCUACAUGUUCAUUGAUUAGACAGGUCACACAAACUUGUCUACCAGAGGAGAAAAAACGUGGUAAUUUUUUCUUUCCUUUAAUAUAAACUAAACAUUAAUGUACUAUAAUAGAUUGCAAUAUUGAUAGGAAGAUUCCUAUCAAGACUACAAAAUUAGGGUUUUCUAACUAAAAGGGGAAGAACACUACAAGUAAAGGAAAUUAAAAAUAAAGAUAACUUUGAUUUCAUUGAUAAUUUUUCCCACCUCUCAAUGAGUACAUAUAUAGUAAUAAAGGAUAGCAACUAAAAGCCCAAUAACUAAUUAAAGGCCCAAAUACUACUAGAAUCCAAUAACAAUACUAAUAACUAUUAAUAUAAAUUCUAUAAUACUCUCCUAUCAUUGCCGCGGGGUUCACUUGAACCUUGUCCUCAAGGUUCUAAAAUCAAUAUGAGAGUAGAGAUAUCGUUCCUGGAUCCCAUUGCUUGAAUAACAAAUUAUCACUGAUUAUUUGCAACACAAACUCCAGAAUUUGAAAAAUCAAUUUUCUCAUGUAAGAUGAUUCCACUGCAUCCAAAGAUGUCUCUAUGGGACAUAAAAUCCGACAAAACUUAGUCACUUUCCCAGAAGCUGCUAUGCGUACGUCAGCCUCAUUAUCAUGAAGCAAUCCAACAUAAGCAGGGACCAACUCCGAUCCGGUGGGUUUCCGGCCUACAGCUUCAUAGAGCUCAAACAACUGAUUUGCAGCCAUGUAACAGACACGCCACAAUUUAUCCCGAGAGAAAUUAACCAUAACUAGGAGUAUAUGUGCAACACAAUCUUGUGGC